UGCAAUGCAGAGAGUUGUUAUGAGAUCCCUGCGAUAUGUGUAACUGUCAACAGAGAAGCGUAAAGAGCACCUGACCGUGAUAAAUGUGCAAUUUGUUGUGUCUGUGAUAUACAGUGAUAUUUUCUUUAAUAGAUUUAGUUUACUAGAAGUUUUAUAUUUAUCAUGGAGUCGACUGAGUCUCCUUUCUGAAGGAAAUAGUUCACCAGGUUUGUCCUCGAGCUCAUGCAUGUUGCGGGAGGUGGAGCGAUAUCACUUCAAGGAGAACAAUCUGAAGAUUCUCAGACUCCAGCAUCCACACCACCUUCACCAGAUCAAGCGAGAAACGAUCAUGACGGUUCAAGUAAAUCGAAUUCUACCUCAGCAUCACCAGUUCCUGAAGAGUCUGGAACAAGAGCUGAGGCUAUUGUGGCUGACAUCAGUGGUGCAUCAGCUGACUCAUCGAAUGAUGCACAGCAGGCAGCUGCACCAGAUGAAGCCACGGUUGUAGCACCAGCUACAAGGGAGGUUGUCAGAGCCAGACACAGACCCCUCUCAGCAGACAGGACACGCCACAUCCGCAGCCAGUGGCUUUCGCAGUCUACCAACCAAUCCACAUCCAGUAGUAGACUAAGUGUAUUGGGAUGCAGCAAUGGCAGGUUUCACCUUCAGUGGAACAUCCAGGAAGCCACGAAUCCUAAUGACUGGAUUGCCUUGUGCUGUGUUGAUGAGAACGAGCCGUCCCACUGGCUGGCCUGCCUUAGCGAGGGAGUGGGCGCGCCUUCCGGAGAAGCCAUGUGGCUGCUGGACCUGCCGCAGCCCGCGCUCACGCACCACGACUGCGAGAAGCUGCUGUGCUUCCGCUACUACAGCGGGCUGAACCUGUCGUGCCUGGCGCAGUCGGAGCCGCUGUCGGCCAAGCGCUCGCCGCGGCCCCACGCCGUGGCCAGCCUGCGCCGGCCGCCGCCCGCUGCCGCCCCCGCUGGCAGCUCGGAGAGCGACUCGGAGCCGGAGGCGGCGGCGAGGCGCCUGCGCGCCCACCACCCCAGGGCCCCCCCCGCAGCCGCCGCCUCCACCUCCGGCGGGCUGCCCAAGCGCAAGGCACAUCACCACCGACGCGCCUCACCGCAGCAGCUGGCUCAGCAGCACCUGAUGAAUGGAUACCCUGCUCCAGAUGACGAGUCCGACAGCUCGGACACAGCAGCCCUGCUACCCCCUGGUGAAAGCAGUCGAUCUACUUCACAUGUGCUACAUACGUGGAACUCCCAUGAAGGUGCUGUGGCGAGAAGGCUGCUGGAUCUAGCUCCUGUUCCACAACCACUGCCUCCUGCUGUUGUGCCUCCAUCUCACAGUGAACCAUCACUUCCUAGUGGUGCAAAUGUGGAAUACUAUCCGAUAUGGACCAAACCUACAGUUCCUGCUGUCAGUGGUAGUGGCUCAGUAUAUGAAACUCUUUACCCACGCACAGAACCGCCUCCUCCACCACUGCCGCCUCGCGCAUUUCCCCCACAAAAUGGUUGUUCGAAGCAUCACCGUCCACUAGAGAGAAUGUGCGCCUUACCGUAUCCUGGAGCAGGCCCCGGGUCGGAUCCACCAGAAGUGCCACGUCACAACAAACCUAAGACGGCCAGACACACAGCUCCUAGUCUGCCUCCUAAACCUAAGAAGAUUGUUAACCCAGAAGACACUUUUGCUUUUGAGAUUGUUGACACAGAUGAGCUUAAUCCUACAGUGACAGCUGUUACGUCGUGUUCUAGUCAUAAAAACGCACAACCUGUUUCGUGUUACAAUGGACACAGUGCUAGUGGACCAUUGACAAACAGUGAACGUGCUGUUUCUGUACGUAGUGUUGAUGAAGCCCAGCCGGUGAGACAAUCAGAUAUUCCUGUAGAGGAGGCUAAAAGUGAGAGUAGUGAUGCUUGCAGAGGAAAGUUUCCUCCUACUAUAAACUCGAGAGUUGGUGAUACUGCACCUGCCCAGGGUGAAGUCAGUGGUUCGGCACAGUCUGAUUUACAGAGAUCUCACAGACAUGAUGCUUUUCAUUUGGAUAGUGAAAGUGUAACUGGAGUUUCUAGCAAGAGGCCAACACAGCUGGCUGUAAAUGGGUGUGUGGGAGAUGCUAAUAAUGAUAAUGAAGGGCAGACUUCAGCUGUUGCUGCACCAUUGGCUACCCCUGAGCAGGAUAGCAGUUUAGUAGACAGUUCCUCAGUUGAAAAUUUGCUUGAUGAGGAUGCAGAAGAAGAAGAGGAAGAUUCCGUUUUUUUACCACAGACUAGUAGUGUUUUAGAGCCAUUGCAAAUUCCAGACAGUAGCUCCGCAGUUUCUGCACAAAUACCGUUUGGUGCCAUUUCAGAAGUUUGUGUUGUUGACAGGUCAAAAUACCAAAGUGCUAGUUCCGGAAGGCCAGUAAAUGACCAAAAAAGCCAAAGAAAUGACAUUUGUACACCUGCUUCAUCAUCUGUCUCUAGUCAAACAAAUCUGCCAAUAGAUGAAUGUGGUGUGUCAGUUACAAAGAAACAAACAAGCUCAGGUAGAGAGGGCACAUCUAACAGUCAUAACUUAAGUGAAGGAGCACCUUUACAAGACCGUACUGGGGCUACACCUGUAAUACUUACUGAUUCCUUGUCAGAAGGAGCCACAUCACCAAACUGCAGUGCCAGUAAUUGUCAAGACUGUGAUACUUCAGAUCCAAAUGUGUCUGAUCUCUCAAGCUUCUUAUCAGUUCCAAACACAUCUUCUUCCCUCUCUCCAGUUUCUCCCAAUUCUGCAUCAGAGUCGGGAACUGUUCUCUCAACUACUACGGAAUGUAGCAACAGCUCAAGCUCAGACACUGGUACUAUGAUUCUCAGCAACCGCAGCUCCAGUACCGAUUCCAUUGUUUCUGGUAUUGUGAAUAAUGUGGCAAAUUUAGAAGAACAGCUGUUAUCACCACAACAACUAUCACAGGAUUCUGUGUGCACAGCAGAAGGUUCCAUCUGUCCCCUAAUGGCAGAGAGGGAGAGACAAGACUUUUUAGAUCCUGGAGGAAGAAGUCUUUCAGAAGAACACGAGGCACCACCACGCACUCACAGGCCUCUGUCACGGCAGGUCAGUCAUCCACCUCUGCCAUCGACACUGCAUGGACACCCAUCGCAGGACUUCAGACGAUGUGAGAGGUUCGUUGGAAUGUCGGCAACAGCUCGACCUUACAAUCGUCUUCUGUCUCGUGUGGUUGCUGCAGGUGCAUCAGACAUCCCCAUGUGCCCUCCGACUCCAACUCAUCAUGCACGCCCAACUCGUGCCAGUGAACCUAUGAUGAUUCCUCUGCAUGAAGACUCCACAGCAAGGGAUUAUCCACAAACAUCAGAUGAUACCCGUUCUGGCACUGCGCGUGUUUCCUCACCCACACCAAUUCCAGGGCCGAGUUGUUCCCGAGAGUCUUCAGCAUCUACAUCAGCUGGGAAUGGUGAUCAGCUUUCAGAGAUGCCUGGAAUGUUUAUGCAUCAUCAGAGGCUGGGAGAGGGAUGUACAAUUUUGCCAUUACGCCACAUGUCUUCAACUCGUCUCCCUUCUAUUCCUGAGAGGUCUGCUAAGACACAGAGACUUGAAUUGUCUUCAGAAGAGGAACCUCUUCCACCUUGUAAGUACUGGGAAGCUCGUAUUGACAGUCACGGUCGGAUAUUCUAUAUUGACCAUGUGAACAGGACAACAACUUGGCAACGCCCCACAACGGGGUCAGCUUCCCGCAGCAGGCCUGUCAGUAAUGAGCUGCAGAGACAACAGUUGGACCGGAGGUAUCAGAGCAUUCGUAGGACCAUCACAUCACGAAGGCCAGAAACGGAUGAGGCUGGUUGCAGCUCUGACAUGUCUCAGGCAGAAGCUGGUGCAAGCACUAGCAGUGGAACUCCACAUGUGACACCAGCAGAAGCAAUACAUCAAAUGCCUGCUGUCAAAUUCAUCACACGACCAGAUUUCUUCUCAAUACUGCACAUGAAUGCGGAGGCACUGGCCAUGUAUAAUCGAAACGGUUCCCUGAAGCACAUGAUUUCAAAGAUUCGAAGAGAUCCUCAUUCAUUUGAGAGAUACCAGCACAACCGUGAUCUUGUGAGCUUAGUCAAUCUGUUUGCUGAUGUUGUGAGGGAUCUACCACGUGGCUGGGAAACUAAGUUUGAUCGGAAUGGAAAGCAAUUCUUCAUCGACCACACAACCAAGACGACAACUUUCAUUGACCCUCGCCUGCCAACUGAGUCCCCCUACUUGAAUCCCCACAAACUGUUCCUGCCUGGUGCUCGGCGACGUAGCCGAAGUGCGGGUGAGGAGGAGCUGGGUCAUGGCCGUGCACCUAUUCCACCACCACGACCACCUGUGAGUUGCCUCUGUGGGCCAAACCUUGGCCUAAAUGCUGCAAGUAUCGCUCGUGUUAUGCCAACACCUGAAAUUCCAACUGCUUACAAUGAGAAAGUGGUAGCUUUCUUACGACAGCCAAACAUUGUUGACAUCCUGAAGGAGAGACAUCCAGCCAUGGGAACUUCACAAGCUUUGCGUGACAAAGUAAAUGCUGUUCGUGUUGAUGGCACACAAGCACUGGAUCGUUUAAGUGAUGACAUAGACCUCACCAUUCUACUCAGCCUGUUCGAGCAGGAGAUUAUGAGCUAUGUCCCAGCUGUGCCUGCAUCGACCAGAUCACCUCGAGGCUCUCCUCAGCUGUCACCACAGGCCUCACCAGGCCUUUCUAGAGCCAAUGCACGUGCCCCCGCACCUUACCGCCGGGAUUUUGAAGCAAAGCUGCGUAAUUUCUAUCGUAAACUGGAGUCCAAAGGAUAUGGGCAAGGACCAGGAAAACUCAAGCUACACAUUCGUCGUGAGCAUCUACUUGAAGAUGCAUUUAACAAAAUAAUGGCUGCCUCCAAGAAAGAUUUGCAGAAGUGCAAGUUAUAUGUUACAUUUGAUCGGGAGGAAGGACUAGAUUAUGGGGGUCCAUCCAGAGAGUUCUUCUUCUUGCUUUCACGAGAAUUAUUCAAUCCCUAUUAUGGGUUGUUUGAAUAUUCUGCAAACGAUACAUACACUGUGCAAGUGUCACCCAUGUCAGCAUUUGUUGACAAUCACCAUGAGUGGUUCCGUUUCAGUGGUCGAGUAUUAGGGCUGGCUUUGGUGCAUCAGUACCUCUUGGAUGCAUUCUUUACGCGGCCAUUUUACAAGGCUCUCUUGAGACUGCCAGUAUCCUUGAGUGAUCUUGAAUCACUGGAUGCAGAAUUUCAUCAGAGCCUUCUGUGGAUCAAAGAAAAUGAUAUCACUGGUGAUUUUUUGGAUCUUACUUUUGCUGUUACAGAGGAGGUUUUUGGUCAAGUAGUAGAACGCGAGCUAAAGCCUGGUGGCCGAAAUAUUAUUGUCACAGAAAAAAACAAGAAGGAGUAUCUCGAACGUAUCGUGCGUUGGAGGCUGGAGAGAGGAGUAGCUGAACAAACAGAAUCACUAGUCAGAGGUUUCUACGAAGUUGUAGACCCUCGCCUUGUGUCCGUUUUUGAUGCCCGUGAGUUGGAAUUAGUUAUUGCUGGAACUGCAGAAAUUGAUCUUGUUGACUGGAGGAAAAACACAGAAUACAGAUCAGGAUAUCAUGAUAACCAUCCAGUUAUGCAGUGGUUCUGGGCAGCAAUAGAGAGGUUUACAAAUGAACAGAGGUUGAGAUUAUUACAGUUUGUGACAGGAACAUCUAGCAUCCCCUAUGAGGGAUUUGCUGCACUGAGGGGCAGUACUGGGCCACGGAAAUUUUGCAUUGAGAAGUGGGGAAAGCCAAACUCACUUCCAAGGGCUCACACAUGUUUUAAUCGUCUGGACCUGCCACCAUACCCCACACCAGAAGUACUUUAUGAGAAGUUACUUCUGGCAGUUGAAGAGACAAACACAUUUGGUAUAGAAUGAAAUGCCAAAAUGUUAUAAAGUAGCACAUUGAUAGAAAUACAGCAAAUUGUGACCAAAGAAAGCUGCCGUAUGAGGGCUACUCAUCAGGACAGCAUGUGUGAUGAGUUGUGAAGUCUGUUUUGUUAUGCUGGAAACAGCAUAUUCAACAGUGUCACAUGGUUAACUAAAUUCUCAGGCAUAUUGAAUCAGCUGCAUUAGCUAUUGAGUUUUGCAUCUUUGUGUGUAAUUUAAGAUGUGCAGUUUAGGAAGAGUUCCCUUUAUGAGUUUUGUGGCAUUUAGUAUUUUAUUUUUCUGUAGAAUCGCCUGUUAUAUCACUUACAGUUACAGGUCAGAUAUACGAUGUUACAGCUAGUUACCAAAGCUGGAAGAGGUUAAAAGACUUAAUAGUGAUAUUUUAUCAACAUAAUUAAUAUUUGUGUAAAAUGAAACAAGUAUCUUGCCUGUUACAAUUCACUUGUGCAUUGACUGGUACUUUGCUUUUGUACGGGAGAUUUUAGCCAAGGGCUAUAGUUAAUCUUUUGCCAGUGAAAUGUGGCAAAUGAAAUACAGCAUGGUCAGUGAUCUGUUCCAUGUAAUGUGUACAUGAAAAUCAUUAAGAUAUUUUACAAGAGAAAUUUAUUUUGUAUUGUAAAUUUUUCCUCUGUUUGAAAUGUGAAAAAUAAGAAAUAUAUUAGCUUGCUUCCCCAUCAAUUCUCAGGUCCCAAAGUUUCGGACAAAGCUUGCUAUUUUACUAUGAGCAUGCACACAAAAAAUUUAUAUGUAUUGAUUUUUGAUCAGCAAAGAAAUUGCAAAUGUUCAUAUUAAACAUUUCUUUCAUAUAAAUGAAUACUUCUCUCUUGUUGUGAGUACUUUAAUUAUGAAUAUCCAGCUCUCUGCAUUGUCAUAGCAUAAAAAUUUAAAUACUUUGCUGCAAACAGUGUAAUAAUGCGGCAGUUAUUUUUAUAUCCAUAUUAAACAUAGACUGAGAUGUUUCUCAAUGUAAAGAUUUAUGCUGUAAGCAGUGGUAUGAAACUGUGAGACAGAAACACAACUACAAAACUUUAUCAGGAUACUUAAAUUAGUUGACUGCAGAUUUUUUAGUCUCCUUAGAUAAUGCUUCAUGUAGUUGAUUGCAUUAUCACAGAAUUUUCAUAUAAAGAUUUACUGCAUAAGUGCUGAGUAAUUUCAUAUAAUAUGAAUAUGUCACAUAGAGACUUUCAAACAAUGUUUGUUGUACACUGAAAUUUUGCAGUUGUUGACAAGAGAUGUUAACAGCUCAAGAGUUGAAGCUAUCUCUGUCACCUUUGCUGAAUCAGCAAGACAUUUUGCUACGCAUUCCGGCCAACCAGUGCUUGCCUUGAAUAUAUAUUUAAAAAUUAAACAAAUAAAUGACAUUAAAGUGUUUAGAAAACUAAAUUUAUGUUGCGUCCACAUAUUUUAUUCAGCACAGAUUUCUAAAUGGAACAGCUUUAAGUAUUCAUUUCAAAUAAGAGAGGUGCAUCAACAAGGGGCCAACAAUCUUGACAAAUUUGAGAUGGAAUACUUUGCAUGUUUCUUUCAAGUUACAGCUUUUGCACAUAUGCUAAUACAUGUUUACUUGUAAUUAAUAUCAUCUGAAACAAAUAUUUUUGAAUUAACUGGUAUUAUUUUUACUUUCAACCUCAUUUGAUUUCUGCUUUAUAUGCUACUCGUUUUUAGUAUUAAAAGAAACUACAAUAAAUUCUUGUCAUUCCAGUUUUGUAGUUAUUGAAUUUCUUGAGCUUUAUAUAAAAUGUAGAUAUACUGAGUUUGUCUCUUUACAAGCUUGCAACACAUGUUUUACAUAAUGUAUGCUUUCAGAAUUUUGUUAGGUUUGUUUGUUUUUUGCAGUAAUUCACAAUAUUAAAUAACUCAUAUUAUUUGUGCCUGAAGAUUAUCAUGUUCCAACAAAUAUAAUAAUAUACCAAUUUCUUUGGUGCAGCUAAAUUCAUUAAUAGCUGCACUUCUAAGUGUCUUUAUUGGGAUUGCUCAAAAUUUAAAUACAGUAGUAUUUGCACAUAGUACUAAAUCAGCUAUAAUUCCUAGUCAAUUACACUCUCAUACAGCACAUUAUGAUUGCUUUAAAGCAAAAUAUUGUAUUCAAGCAAUAUAGUAUUUAUCUUCCUCAUAAAUACGUUUAUUUGUUUCUUUAUUUGAUGAUACUACAUUGAAUGCUGCUCCUUUUUGUUCUUUUAUUAUUUUUACUCCUAGCUCACCUGGCAACUGUAGAAAUAAACUUCUUUUUGCCAUGCAGAGAUUAGACAUUUCUGUUUCAUUAUGAUUAGAGAAGGGAGGUUUUGAAAUUCUCUUCAUGGCUACAUGCAAUUGUACCUUAUUAUUCACCAAACCAUUUCUUGAAACUUGAAUCUCUGUGUCAGAACAUAUGAUUUCAACAAACCUGGCAAAAUUCUGAGGCUGUAUAUACUUCAGUAUUACUCACACACUAGUUGCUAUGUCCUCUAAAGAGGCUUUGAAAAUAUAACAGCACAUUUUUGAUGUCCAUUAUAUGAUUACAUGCACUAAAACUGCAUGCAGCACUGUGAAUUUUUAAGCAUUUUUCAACAUGCUAAGAAUUAUACAGUCUCACAAUAUUAUUGUUGUUGUUGUUACUGUUAUAAAUGUAUGUGGCUAGUUCAGUAUAUACUGUAGGGUAUGUGUGGUGUCAUUCUGUCAUUUUUGUUUUAUUUAUACAUAUGUCUUUGAUUUUAAACUUUUGGGACAUGAAAGAAAUUUUCCUUUUAGAAUCACUAUUAUCCACUUACUGUUGUAUAGAUAGAGGAAAGCAAAACUUUGUAGUAUGCUUUUGGCAAUUCAUUUAAAAUUAGUCUAAUUUUCAAAAAUUUAAUAUUUAAAAAAAUUAUCUUGAGGGUGUGCUGUUUGUGUUCAUAAGAAUUUAGACUGGUAAGCCACACUAUAAUUCAAAGGCUCUGAAAUUGAUAUUUUCAUAAACCAAGCUGUGUGUAUGAUCAAGAAUAUUGUGUUGUAAUCACCUAGGGGAAGUACAGGUAUAUUGGUCUUAGACUGACAGAAAUGUUUCAUAAGCAGCAGGAAUGGACAUAGUAUUUACAAACUUACAGCUUAAACAAAGACGUGAUGCGAAAAUUUUAAACAGUUACUUGCUUCAUUGGUUGUUUUCUUGUGCAAGAUUUGUGUGUUUAUUUGUAAAUCACAGAGCAAUAUGAUUGUGUGACAAAUGGUUAUUUUCAGGGAAACCUAAUAUCAGCAGUCUAAAAACAAUUCUAGUUUACUCGAAAGUGUUUACUGCAAUGCUUUUUAUGUCUUGUUUAAUAUGCUUUGUUCUUUUGUACAAAACUUGGUGGCUGAAUUAUUCUUCCAUUUAUCACUUGACAUUGUUCCUAAUUUUUUUCUUCUCUUAAUGCCUAUCAUUUUUUCUCCACAUUUAUUUGAGAAAUGUUCUCUUGUAAGAAGAUGUGAUGUAAUGUGACAAAAUGUGGAAAAUGUGUGUGAAGAGAUUGUGAUUAGGCUUAAUUAAUGUGAUCAUCCUUCAGUACUAGUCAUGUAAGAUUAUUUAUACUUAAUAUAGUUAUAUAUACAUAUAUGAGCAUGUGUGUAUGUGUGUGUUGUUUGUGUCAAAUAUGUAAAUCUUUCGUGUACAGUCUAUGUAGAUAAUUCAUUUCUUGCUGUGCAACUGUAUGCACAAUCACCAUGUUGCGUAGUAGCAUGUUAUUAUUUAUUUCAUUCAUUGUUUACAGUCAUGGCCAGAUAUAACUUUUUUUUUUU